AGCAAAGUAUGUCCUCGGAGAGGUGUUCCUUUGAAUGCGCCGGCAAAACCACAGAUUAUAACACUAUCGAGUCAGGUCCGUUGAUAGUAAAGGUACUUGAAUAAUGUUUCUCGGUUAUUUGGAGCAAUAACAAUGAUUAAAAUGAAUUCGAGUGUGAUGAAAAUUUUAUUGUGCACUGGUUUGGCAAUUCUUCUGUUCGAUGUUGUGGUUGUUACCGGACAAGAAGUGACAUUAACCUUCGAAUUAGAUAACAAAUUAGAUGGGGACGUGAAGGGAACAACAGAAAAGGUUUCAUCACCUAAGCCAGACGAAAAAUCGAAGUCCGUGUCUAAGGUAGAACCGAAGUACAUUUGUCCUGGAAAAGAAGCUCAACUGCCACUGUUUGCAUUACCUUGCUCAACAAAAAAAGAUUGUGGUAUAUUUGGUAAGACGGUGCUGUGUUGUGAUAAAAGAUGCAUCAAUGGAGUCAAACCCCCAAAGCCUGAACCAACGCAUUCACCAACUCUGUUCGGAUUUGUUCAACAGACCUGUCCCAAAGAACCACUCGCUGAAAUCUUCGAAGUAAAAGAAUGCAGUUCCGAUGAAGAAUGCGCUCCUAGAAUCUGUUGUCCGGAAACUCUAAGAUCUGGAGAAACUGUUAGCUAUUGCAGAACUGCGCAACCAUUAUGGGAAACGAUACCUGCACCUAGACAACUUGUUGAACCUUUCAGGGCUCUGGUUAGCUACAUGCAAUGUACAGCCCCUCCACCACCGCUGCUAGAUCUAUUCCCGAAACCGUGCGAGUCUCCUCUGGACUGCUUUCCCAAUUUAUGUUGUCAGGAAGGUGGUAAGAAGUUUUGUAGGCCACCAAAAAGGUCCUUGCUUACACUUAUUGCCGGUAUAGGCCAGCGAAUAAUACCAACGGAAGCAGCUAAAGAGUUUAUAAAAAGAAUCUCCUAACGAACACCCUGGAUGAGGUCGCAGUGAAUUCUUCUAGUCAAAUACUUAGAAUAUCAUUUUGUACAUGGGGAUUAUUUCUACAAUUUAGAAGACGAGAAUACUAUUCGUGAAGUCUGUACAUAGAAACAUAUUAAAAUAAAAUGAGUAGAGAUAUUUAAAA